UUUAAAUCGCACUCCCAGCACGCAGCCCAGCGGAGUUGUGCGAGAGCUGCGAGGCGGCCGAGCUCGAAUUGGUCAGGUUGGGAUCAUGGACAGGUGGUUUCAGACUUUUGGAUUCGGGCAGGCAGGUGUUCCGGCGGCAGUGCUCUGCGAACCUUCACUGCCCGCGCGUUCGUCGUCCGCCGCCGUUCUGUCUGUUGUUCUCGCUGUGGUCGAUUGCGAUGGUUGAGGUUUCCCGGCCAAGUGCCGCGCAGACGCAGCUCGCCCUACCAUCCGGGCGACCGUGAUUGAGGCGGACUGCCUUCAGUCCCCAUGAAUUUGUUCUCCUAGGCACGAGCCGUCGACGGUGUACAAUUUCUAGCUCAUGGGCCCAUUUCGCACUUUAUUCUUAUUGUCGCCAGUCGCCGGGACGAAGGGUUCAGCGAAUUGGUGAUGUUGGGUUGUACGCCUCGCAGAAAUGGAUCUUGUAUACGGGCAAUGGGGUCAGAUCCCUGGCCUGGGGUGGGAUCAUCAGACCUUUAGGUGCAGGCUUUUCAAUUUUUCAGCUUCAGUAGCCCCCUCGAAUUGCUCUUGCACAACUGCCCGCAUGGUUCGCAAGUGAAGUCGAAGUACAGGCAAGCGCUGGAAGGGGAAAGGAUUCCACGACAUCUGGUAGCGGUGAAGCUAUUCUCCCGUGUAGAGCGGAGCAGUACGAGGAAGCAUCGAUGAUGAGGAAGCCCAUGACAGAAGUCGACUGAACAUCUGGCCUUUGUAGAUCGCUCUUUACGAGUCGAUCACUUGGGUUGCCGUUUAGCCUCAUGAUUCGGUGAGGUGAUGACCGGUUCCAUUGUCAGCUCUUGUAAUGGGCUACCUCUCGAACUGCGCAGGGAGCUCCGCCGUGAUGAUCUGCGAUUCCUGCAAAACGCAGCCCUCUAAGAACGUGCGUGUGAAGGUGUUCAAGGCCACGGAGCUGCUGAAAGCUACGCAGUCGUUCUCCGAGGCCAAUCUUUUGGGCAAGGGAAGCCACUCCUGUGUGUACAGAGGCACCUUGGCCGAUGGGCGGACUGUGGCGGUGAAACGACCGACGGUGGCGCGCAGAGGCUUGCAGGACGUGUCUUCAUUCGACAACGAGCUGGAAAUCUUGUCCAAAUUGCAGCAUCGGCACCUGGUGAACUUGAUUGGGUACUCGAAUGAAACUCCCGAGAAACUGCUCGUUGUGGAGUUUAUGGGGAAUGGCACUCUUUACGAGCUCCUCCACGGCAAUGCCUCGGAGCCCCUGAGCUGGCCUCUGAGAGUGCACAUGGCUUUGCAAGCUGCCAAAGCGCUGGCCGCUCUGCAUUCCGCUUCUCCGCCCAUCAUUCACCGAGACAUCAAAUCUUCGAACGUUUUGGUGGAUGCAUCUUGGAACGCGAAAGUUGGAGACCUUGGCCUGGCUCUCCGAGGGCACUUGGAAGAUGUAGUGCGGCAGAGAACCCCUCCGGCAGGAACGAUGGGGUACAUCGACCCCGAGUACGAGACUCCAUCGCAACUGAGCACCAAGUCGGACGUUUUCAGCUUUGGAAUCCUGCUGCUCGAGAUUAUGAGUGGAAGAAAUGCCAUCGACGUGAGAUACAAUCCUUCUAGCAUUGUCGACUGGGCUGUGCCUCUCAUCAAACAGGGGAAAGCACUUUCUUUGUGUGAUCCCGCCCUGAAACCUCCUCAGAAUGCCAAGGCUGUGAAGCAGCUCGCUGCCAUCGCGGCCCGAUGUGUCAGACUCUCCCGAGACAGGCGCCCGUCGAUGGCCGACGUCGUGGAAGGCCUUCGUACCAUCAGGAAGAAAGUCCCUCUCCCGCGCUUUGGUGGGAAGCCGGCCAGAAAUUCAUCCGUUGCAUCGAAUCCAGCCGUGAGGGCAGAGGCCACGGAAAGCCUGAGCGCCAGUUCGUCGUCGUCCUACCAGUCCCAGACGACUUGUCAAUCUCAGUCUUUGUCCAUCUUUGACGAAGGCAGCAUCAUAGACGAUGGGGAUGUUUCUCUCGCAGAGUCUCUGAUUAGAAGCCACACUUCAAUUAGGAAGCGCUUAAGAAAUCUCUCCGAUUCUUCAAGGGUUUCGGACAGCGAUCUGCAAGUUCUUGGGACGCCAUCUUCUUGGAGAACAGGUGCUGACCCUCUGAGAUCCAGUUUUUCCGGUACGAGCAGCCUGAGAAGGGAAAUUGCGCACAGUCUCGGCGGCUUAGCUGUGUCCCCGCAAUCUUUGAGUUCGCGGAGAUUCGUAAGGAGCAACGACUCGUCCAUCGCCCCAACCAAAAGCGACAAACGAACCAACUUUGUAGAAAGAACACCGUCCAUGCCCGUCGAGACGAGCGAGCCGCAACCUUCGCCUGCCCAGAAGGCAGCGGAUCGGAGAACGCUGAGGGAGCGUGGUCGCCUCGCAUCCUUGGUCAUAGACUACGUAGCGGAGGACGGAAGUCGGCGGGCUGCCAUGCUCUCGGAUGGGACGAAGAGCAUUCAACCGCACGCGGUUACUGUCACAGCUUAGGGCAAUCUUGUGUGGCUUCCCUUGUCGAUUCACGGACGAAUGAGUGUGCUGUUUAUUUCAGUGUUCCUCGGCGCAGACUGGAAUCGUUCCGUCCACUUACAGUCUCGCAUGAUAGCAGGGUUCAUCCCACGAGAAGACUGUAUGUGACAUUCAAAUACCGCCAGUCGUUAGCUCCAUAGACGGAGAAAUAGAGAAUGUAGAUACUGCAGCUUUGACCGAUCAACCGAGACUAGAGAACUAGCGUAGAAUCGCGUAGAUUUUAGACUAGGUCCUAGCCGUAGAAAAUUGUGAGUGAUUUCUUGCGUAUGCUUCGUAGAAGCAUGUGCACCGAUUGGUAAAUAAGAUUGAUAAUGCGAUUGGAGGAAAAUGAUUCUAUAUGCACA